AUGGCAUCGACAGAAGAAGUGGACGUGGGUAUGGAGGCCACGGCGGCUCGGUUGCGUGGAUCAUCGUCCAAGGACGUUGCCGCGGUGCGGUCGCUCCUCAAGACCCUGCGCAACAAAAACAUACGCCGGCCCGAUCUCGUGCUCGAAUUCGCUCCCAUUCUGCUCAAAUCGGCAUCCCAGCUUGGCAAUGAAGCGUGGACUGUGCAGGAGCAGCUCUUUGUAGCGGCACUUGACUCAAACGACCUCCCCCUCGCCAAUGAGGUCCUGGCGCGACUGACGGCCAAGUUCCCCGGCAGCGCCCGCGUGCGUCGCCUCACCGCCAUGAAGCUCGAGGCCGAGGGCGAGUUCGAGGAAGCCAUCUCCAUCUACAAUUCUCUCCUCAUCGACGACCCAGCCGACACCGCUACGAUGAAGCGUCGCGUGUGCAUAUGGAAGGCACGAAAGGAGACCCGACCGCGAGCCAUCGAGGAGCUGAACGACUACCUCAAGAUUUUCAUGGCCGACACGACCGCGUGGCAGGAGCUGGGCGACCUCUACCUCGACGAACAGCAGUACGAGUUCGCUGCAUUCUGCUACGAGGAGCUCAUUCUUGCCGAACCGCUCAACCACCACUACAUCAACCGAUACGCCGAGAUUCUGUACACGACCGGAGACUAUGCGACGGCGAGGAAGUACUUUGCGCACUCACUCGAGCUCAACCGAGACAGCAACAACCGCGCCCUCUUUGGCCUCGCGCUGGCAUGCAAGGCGCUGGCGUCGAAGAAGGGAGGAGCCAAGCCCAAGGACAACGGCGAGCUGGCGACGCUGGCCGCCGGCAAGCUGCGGGCCAGCUAUAAAGCGGCGGCGCCCGAGCAUCUCCCGGUCGUAGACGCCGUCCUCGCCAAGCUCCAGUAG